CCUUUGAGAGCGAAGUUUGGCUGCAGUGAACGUUAAAAGCGAAUUAUUCUACAGAAUAAUCUGCCAUUAAGUACUACGUUUGUUUAACGUAUUGAAAACCGAAUAAUUGAGUAAAAAUGUCUCUGAUACCGUUGCUAUUCUCUGACUGGUGGGAAGAUUUGCAACGCCCGCACCGGCUUUGCGAUCAGAACUUCGGUUUGGGGCUGUAUCCUGAACAAUUGCUGAAUCCAGGCAUACUCGAACAGUAUGUUUUGCCCAGUCGGAAUCGAAGAAUGACGAGAAACCCUCUGAUGUACUACAGACCUUGGAAUGAACUCCUUCGAAAAACCGAAGGAGGAGGCACAUCUACCGUGAAGGCAGAUAAAGAUAAGUUCCAAGUAAUUCUGGAUGUACAGCAAUUCAAGCCGGACGAAAUUAACGUCAAGGUCGCAGACAGAUGUGUCAUCGUGGAGGCUAAACACGAAGAGAAACAAGAUGAGCACGGUUGGAUCUCGAGACAGUUCACCCGAAAGUAUAUUAUUCCUGAGCAAUGCGACAUCGAUCAAGUAACGUCUACUCUAUCGUCCGACGGUAUGCUUAGCAUUACUGCACCUAGGAAGGACGAUCCGAAGACUCAGAACGAGAGAUCUAUCACGAUCGAACAAACAGGAAAACCAGCGUUGAAGGAAAAUACUGAGGAGAAGGAAGAGAAGGAGGAAAAGUAGUCAGAAAAAAAUAUGUAAUUACAAUAACCAAAUAUUGUGUUCCUGCUGGCUUUGUAUUAUUUCGUAUUUAUCAAAAUGUGUAUUGCCAUAUCACUUGAUUUUUUGUAACAGCUUAAGAUUUUUUUUUAAA